GUAGUGACUCUCACAAAUUUGCUUGUAUUGUUGUAGUAUAUUUUUCAAAGAAAUCGCCCGAAAAUUUGCAUUUAUUUUGAUAAAUUUUCUGAGAUUAAACUGCAGGAGUGAAGUAAGCAGCGGUUUGUUAGGGUGGUGGCGAAGCUGGUUCCUGCCGGUUGCCGGAGCUUCUGCAGUCAAUUUCUUCAAACAGAGCUGAUUACGGUGCUCAUCAACAACAGGUGCAUGAUAUACUGGGAAUUUUUUGCGUAUUCACAAGAUCACCCACUAUUGCCAGAGGUUUCACUUUCGCUCAAAUUCAACAGAUCACCUGUUCCCGGAGUAUUCAUUCUCUCCAAAAUAGAAGUCUGAUACAAGAGGGAAAAGAAGAUACCAUAAUGGAGAUUCCCUCCAGCAGUAACACCAGUUUCUUUGAAUUUGCUUUACAUGACUAUCUGAGGUCGCAUCACAUCUCCUCCAGCACUAGCACUAGUUGCUUUGAUCUUGCUUUAGAUUAUCUAUGCAAGCUUGAGGAGUCCGUUCAUUUCUGGCACUUCGAUAUCACGGAUCUGAAGGAAACCAUAAGAUUCUUGAAAACCAUUUUUCUAUAUGUCAAGAAGUGUAGGAGGAGGAGGAACUGUGAAGCGGUUUUGGAGCAUGACCAGGACGACAAGGGUAAAACGCUUUUGAAGCAAGAUCAGGAGGACAAGGGUAAAGCGCUUUUAGAGCAUGAUCAGGAAGACACGGGUAAUAUUCUGUCAGAAAGGUUGUCACAUAGUACUAUUUGCUUCAGAAUUCAAGAUAUGGUUAUCAACAUAGUUCAUGAUCUUGAGUCUGCUUAUCUAUUAUACGAACAUUCUGAUGAAUCAGAUAGAAAGCGAAUAGCAGAAAGUGCGAUGUCCGGAUCUCUGGCUAAUAUUUGGCCAUUUCUUAGGACAAAUAUCAAGGAAUCGUGCACCGUCAUCUUCGACUAUUACCCACCGGAAGAUCCACAACUAGUUGUGGAUCUUAUUGCAUCCCUUUUGGAACCUCUAGGGCAUCCUUUAAUUGAGUUAGAGGAUACUAUGAGACACGAGCUACAGCUUUUAAGGAGUCUCAUUCGCGUUGCGAUAAUGCGAGGUGUUGAGUGUACGCAAUUUACAGAUCUCUUGACUCACGCUACAGUUGUGGUUGAAUACGCGAUUUUUGAAUGUUGCUUUGACAGUGAUGAAGAACAAGUGCCCAGUCAAACGGACUCUGAAAUUUAUGAGUCGAUGGAUGAGGAUAUAGAUCCUCCUGAUCCCCAAGUCCGAGAAACUUGCAUGCAUGUCCUGGCAGCGUCAAAGAAACAAUCAAGAUCAUCAUAUGCUUUAGCCUUUGAGCAGAAGGAGCAUCGAGUGCUAGUCGAACUUAUUGAUUCUCUCCUAGAUUAUCUUACGGAUCUACUAGGAUCUUGUGCCAGUUUUCAGGUUCUAGUAAAGGAUCAAAUGCUAAAACUCCAUCAAGGAGUAAAAUACUUGAGUAUCCUUCUUGAAGAGGAGGAGAAACUAGGUGAUGAAAUAAAGGAUCUUAUUGGAGUUGUGGUCCAUGAUGCAGGAACUCUGAUCUUCUCCCUUUCUGUCAAUGAAAUCAAAGAAGGCUUUCCCAAGGAAACAGAUCUUGUAUUGUUUCAUUUGUACAAAGUUCUCAAGUAUAUGAUGGCAGAGCUUGGACACAAUUAUCCACUAGCAUCACCACAUUCGUUGUUUAAUUAUCCUAGAUCCAAUGAGUUGGGUUGUAUAGAUUUUUUCUUAAAAAAUCUCAAGGAACUAGCAAGGUGUGAUGAGGUUGAUGAUUCAAUUGUUUUCAUAUUAAAUAGAAUCCAAAUGGUCCAAGAUGAUCUUGUAUUCUUAAGAUCUUUCCUAGAGAAUAUCAAGGAGCAGCGCUAUCAUACUGAAAAACUCCAAGCUUUCUGGAGUCGCGCUAUGGAGGCUGCAUACAAGGCAGAGUUACUAAUUGACUUGAUACUUGUUGGUGAUAAAUGCGAAGAUUCUUUGUAUGCUGUUGCUAGACAUAUCAAGCUUCUUAAGACUGAGGCCCUAGAGAUCUAUAAUGGUCAAACCCGGACAGUUAACAAGACUUUCAUUCACAUACCUUCACAACUUGCUGCUGCCAUACACAAUGAAGAUCUAGUGGGUCUCGAUGAUGCGGUGGAAACUAUCACUCAUCGACUUAUAAGAGGAUCAAAGCAGUUGGAUAUCAUUCCCAUUGUAGGUAUGCCUGGGCUUGGUAAGACUACAUUAGCCAAUAAAGUUUAUGCUGCUCCUUCAGUUAGGUUACAUUUUCAUGUUCGUGGCUGGUGUUCUGUUUCUCAAACGUGCAGCAAGCACAGUUUGUUAGUUCAACUUUUGUGUAGUCUUUAUUCUAAGAGUCCUCAUGAAUAUCUUAAGAAGGACGAAAAUGAUUUGGCUAAGAAGCUAAGGCAAGUUUUGCUGAGAAGUAGGUAUCUCCUUAUUUUGGAUGACUUGUGGGACAUUGAAGCAUGGAAUUUGUUAGAAAAAUUAUUGCCGAAUGAUGCCAAUGGAAGCAAGAUUCUCUUAACCAGCAGAUUUCAGAAUUUGUCUUCACAAUUCAAACCUGAUAGCAACCCUUACCAUCUCCGCCCACUUACUGAUGAAGAGAGUUGGACAUUGUUGCAAAAAAAGCUAUUUGACAAAGAAGGUUGUCCUCCAACACUAAGUGAAGUUGGAUUUCAAAUAGCGAAAACUUGUAGGGGCUUACCCCUCACAGUUGUCCUUGUUGCUGGAAUUCUUGCUACUACGGCACAAGAUAGAUGGGAAGAAGUUGCAAAAAGUCUUAGUUCUAUUGUCCUUGACAAUGAAUAUUGCAUGAAGACACUUGAGCUGAGUUAUAGUCACUUACCAGAUUAUUUGAAGCCAUGCCUUCUAUACUUUGGUGCAUUUCGAGAAGAUGAGGUCAUUCAUGUCCGAAGGUUGUUACGGCUUUGGAUCUCUGAAGGAUUUGUGCAACAGGCUGAAGGAAAGAGCUUAGAGGAAGUAGCUUACGACUACUUGGUGGCUCUAAUUAAUACAAGUUUAGUUGUGGUUACCGACCAAAGAACUACGAGGAGUGCUAAAGCCUGCCAACUUCAUGAUUUGGUACACGAGUUUUGUGUGGAAAAAGCCAAAGAAGAAAGUUUUCUACAUAUUAUUCGAUGUUGGAAAGGCCCUUUUUGUCUUGCUGAACCAAGCAGCCACCACCGAGUUUGGAUUCAAAGUAGCUGGGAAUUGAAGACUUGGGAGUUAAUGCUAAUUUUUCCCAAUUUACGCUGUUUGCUGUUGUUUGGAUAUCAUGCUUUUGACUGUGAAGAGAAGCCUUCGAGGAUUUUGUUACCUAAGCUUCUUAGAGUCUUGGAUUUGGGGGAUUGGGGCUUUGGUGAAUCAUUUCCAAUGGAAGUUUUAUUGCUUGUUCACUUGAGAUACCUAGCGCUCUGUGGAAUAACAUCCAUCCCAUCUGCAAUAGUCAAACUUUCAAGGUUAGAAACUCUCAUUGUAAAACAUCCAGAGAGUAAUAUUGUGCUGCCAAAUACUAUUUGGGACAUUAGGACGUUGAGUUAUCUACGUACUAUAUAUGGGAAAAGAGGUUUUAUUUUUGCAGUUGGAAAUCUUGAAGUAUCCCCAGAUUUAGAUCAUUUGGACACGUUAAACCUUGCAAUUGAUCCCUUGUCUCAAAACCUGCAAAAGUUACUGACAAAAUUACCAAGCAUCCGCAGGCUAAAAUGCAUGAGAGAUGAUGAAUCAAGAGAUGACGAAUCAAGAGAAGCUACAAGAAAUUGUGACGAGAUUCUUGUGUUUGACUGUUUGACUCAACUAGAGUCACUUCAAUUGAUUGGUUUUCGGGGAUAUGGAUUUAACUUCCCAUUGAAUUUGAAGAAGUUGAGUCUCUCAGAGAAUUGUCAGCCAUGGAGUGAAAUUUCAACGAUUGGAAAGUUGCCCAAUCUUAUAGUGCUUAAAUUACACGAUUCCUCCUUUAUUGGGGAAGAAUGGGUAAUGAAAGAAGGGGAGUUCCCUAACCUCCGAGUCUUGGAAUUGUUAAGGUUGGACAUUCGAAACUGGACUGCAUCUUCUGAUGAUUUUUGCCAUCUUGAGAAAUUGGUUGUGCGCCAUUGUAAGAAGCUGGAAGAGGUCCCUGCUUGUUUAGGGGAAUGUCCAACUCUUGAAAUGAUUCAGGUGGAAAACUGCAGUGAGUCUCUUGCAAAUUCAAUAAAGCAAAUUCAGCAAGAACAGAUGGAUAGUGGAAAUGAGGUUCUAAAGAUCAUAAUUGAAAAUUGUUGUGAUGAUACACUCAUUCUCUCCAAAGAAUAGUCGAAUUCCUCAAAAGCAGAGUCAAUUCCCUCAGAAGCAGAGGAGAUUUCCUCCCACCACCUUUGAUCAGGCUCCCAAAUUCUUCUGUUUGGACCUAAUGCUGCUGUAUAACUUUCCUAUUGCAGCGCCAAACACAAUCAUGCAUUAACCAAACCAGACAAGUCAGGUUUCCUCGGCAGGAGAGCCUUUUUCUUCUCAUCACACCAGACAAGGGUGAAGACUCAAGCAUUCAACGUUGUAACAGUUUGAUGACAUAAUAGUUCAUUUGUACUGAAGCAAUUUUUAGAGCUUCCAGAUUAUUUGGUUUGAACUUGAUGCAGCUGUAUUACUUUGUCAUUGCAGGGGCAAGCACAGUCAUGCAUUCUAUCAGUCCAACAUUAUCCAUCAUAAUCUAUUUGUAAAAUGUUCUCCAUGCCCUCUUCUGGUUUGAUGUUUAUUAGUGUUUAUGAACCCAAUUUUUGAAAUCUUCUUCAUGUUCUUUUCUA